GCGGCCAGGGGCUCGCGGGCGGCGGCUGUGCCGGUGGCGGCGGUGCGGCCCCAUGUGGCACCCCGGUAGCGCUCGCUCCUCUCGGCGGCAGUGUCGCAGCGCAGUCUGGCGGGCUUGGCUUUGAUGCUGGCCCUGUUGCUGACCGGCUCUUCUCGAUGCUGGAGGGCAUCAGCUCGAAUACGGUGGCCCGCGGCGACUUCCAGGGCUACAUUGCCACCGCGGACGCGCGAGCCGCCCAGCUCACCAAGCGCCUUGACGACCUCGAGCUCAAGAUGAACUCCUUCGAGCAGGCGGAGAACGCGGCGCUGAUGGCUGCGCUCGACGGGCGGGUUGCCGCGCUCCGCUCGGAGCUGCUGGAGUGCGCCCCAGUCUCACGAGACCCGUGCGGAUCCGAAGAGGACGUCCGUCCGCCGCAGUUCACGGCGCUGGAGGCGCAGGUCAGGGACUUGUCGGCGGCGGUGCAGGCCAUGCAGCAGCCGCCGACGCAGCCGCCCCUGCUUGCUGGCGAGGCGGCCGAAGCCGACGAGUCCAAGCUGUGGAUCGGCGGAUUCCCGCGGCGCAUGCUGGAGCGCGUCCUGACCGCGCACGGCAAGGCCCUCCUGGCCGCCCUCCCGCAGCACAUCGCUGCCAAGGCCUACCCGAUCGCGAAAAACCGGAACCGGGCCUGCGCCCUGCAGUUCGACUCCAUCGAGCAAGCCAGGGGCGCGCUCGACCAGUUCAAGAUGCGCGGGAUCACGUGGACUGCCCCUCGCAGCCAGCACGUCCUGCCGCUACGUGCGAGGAUGGAUGCCUCCACGGCGGUGCGUGCCAAGCAGCUGCUGCUGGGUAGGCUCUGGCAGCAGGUGCACGCCUACAUGGAGCAGCAGAGCACCUGGAAGGAGGACUACAUCAUGGGCUCCAACGGCCCCAAGGGCAUGCUCUUCAUCACCCGGGACGACGACGUCGAGAUCCUCGCCACGGUGAUCGAGGACACUGGAGGCGCCAAGCAUCUGGACAUGGACUUCGAGAACCUCGCCAAGUUCGGCAUCUCCCGCGACAAGGCGCGGGAGUUCGCUCGAAUGGCGGAGCCCUGA